AUGGGGGCUGGAAGGGAAUUCCCGCCCUUACUAUCUGAUUCUGAUCAGUAUCUCGUUGAUUUCGAUGGCCCGGAUGACACGUCUCAUCCGCGCAAUUGGUCUCUCCCUGCCAAAAUCUACACAUCCUGUCUUGCCUGCAUCGGGACAUUUGUCGCCACAUUUACAAGCGGCAUAUUCGCAGCAGGUAUUCCCGGAGUCAGCAAUGAAUUCAACGUCAGCGAAGUGGUGGGAAAUCUGGGAACAACUCUCUUCGUUCUUGGCUUCGCCUCUGGGCCGCUGCUAUGGGCGCCUGCCUCUGAGUUGUUUGGGCGUCGAUGGCCGCUGACGAUUGGGAUGCUGGGCACUGCCAUCUUUACCAUUUCUUCUGCGGUGGCUAAAGAUGUCCAGACUUUGAUCAUCUGCCGAUUCUUUGCUGGCAUGUUCGGGGCCAGCCAGCUGUCCGUAGUGCCAGGAGUGAUUGCAGAUCUGUACAACACCGCUGAUCGUGGCAUUGUGCUCUCCUUGUAUUCCCUGACUGUUUUUUGUGGGCCUUUCUCUGCUCCAUUCAUCGGCGGAUUUACGGCCAUGAGCUCUCUCGGAUGGCGCUGGACGCUCUAUAUCCCUUCCUUUAUCGCAUUCUUAAACGGCACACUGGAUCUCCUUUAUCUAAAAGAGACAUACGCACCGUGUCUCCUGGCUGAAAAGGCAGUGCAUAUUCGCCGUCAGAGCGGCAACUGGGCCAUCCACGCCAAACAGGAAGAAAUUGAAUUCGAUAUUCAUGAACUCAUACGGAAGAACUUCACCCUUCCCAUCCAAAUGCUGAUCACUGAGCCUAUUGUCUUCCUUCUCUCGCUAUACAUGUCAUUUAUAUAUAGCUUAGCAUACGCUUUGCUCGAAGCAUAUCCAUAUGUUUUUCAAGAGAUCUACCACAUGAACUUGGGAGUCAGCGGUCUCCCCUUUAUCGGCCUGAUUGUGGGACAGGUUCUGGGAUGUGUGUAUAUCUUAUCGCAGCACAACUCGUACGUCAAGAAGCUGGACGCAAAUCCAGGCAUCUCCAACCCCGAGUUGCGCCUUCCUCCAGCAACUCUCGGUGCUCCAGUCUUUACUGCCGGUGUUUUUUGGUUUGGCUGGACCGGCUUUACCUCGUCUGUACACUGGAUGGCCCCUACAGCAGCAGGAGUCCUAGUCGGCUUUGGCAUCUUUUGCAUCUUCGUUCCUUGUUUCUCCUAUCUUGUCGAUGCUUAUUUACCUCUGGCGGCAUCGACUGUUGCUGGUCAUAUCAUUCUCCGGUCGACUAUUGCUGCCAGCUUCCCGCUAUUCACGCGCCAGAUGUUUCACAACCUCGGGGUAGAAUGGGCUGGUACUUUGCUGGGUUGUAUUGCCUUGGUGAUGAUUCCUAUUCCUGUUGUUUUUCGCAGAUAUGGACCGUGGUUUAGGAGUAAAAGUAAACUGGCACCAUAG